AUGAAGCCCAUCGAGUCCAAGAAGUGGAUCCCGCAUCAGGCCCCGGCGAAGGGUGUCAAUGUCAUCCCGGGCCGCCGCCCAUCGAUGGACACGGCUGGCACGAGCCCCAACAAAGCCCGCCCCUCGGCCAUGAUGGACGCCAUGGCAGGCCGUCGGACGAGUACGAGCAGCACUGGUAGUUCCGGAAGCGCGAUGGGAACGAGCCCCGGUGCCAACCCACACCCACCACAGGUCACCUCACCCAGCCACAAGUAG